AAUUAAUGUCAAACCAUGCACAUUUUUCAUAAUUAAGACAUAGAGUUAAACAGACUGGUUGUAAGUAUCUUUAAUGCAGAUAUGUACCUUUGAAGGCCUCUGACAUUUUGGGCUGUGUAUUCCCAGCAGAAAAAAAAACAUAUUGUGCUUUUGAUUGUGGCUUAUCAAGACAGUUCACGUGAUUACACAACUUCUUGAGUAAUUUGAUUUCCAUAAACUUAAAAAAAACAAACAUGUGAAGUCAUGAGCCUCACGAGCUUACUAAGCUUUUUUGUAUCAGAGCAACAUAACUGGAACAAAUUAUCUCAGAUGAUUUAAAAGGAGCUUAAAAAGGUCUCAAGUGAUGUAAGAUAUAGUUCGGUUUUUCUUUUUUUUUUUUCUUUUUUUUUUUUCUUCUUUGCUGGGGGGCGGGGGUGGUCAGUGUUUAACCCCUCUGACGAUGAUUCCUUUUUUGACGUACGCACGACUCCGACCAAUAGGAGCCUGAUGCGCAUCCCAGGCAGGCUCCAUAAACAGGAUAACUACCGAAUCAGCCAAUAAGACCGCAGGGCAACGGAACUUCAUCCUCGUUUAUUUCUCGGUCCUCCGCAGAAUCCAAGCGCGCCUUAACCAUGAGCACAAAAGUCGGCGACAUCGUAGAGGAGUUCCAAAGCGAGCGCAUCACAGACAACAAGAUGUCCACCGUCCACCGCCACCACGAGAUAUCCCGCAAAGAGUCAGAGGAUGAGUGCCGCUUACCGGCGCUGGAGGCAGCCUACACCGACAUCCUGAGGCAUCUUGGGGAGGACACCGACCGGGAGGGACUGUUGCGCACCCCGUUGCGCGCAGCCAAAGCCAUCCAGUUCCUCACCAAGGGCUACCAUGAGACCAUCGAUGACAUCUUAAACAAUGCCAUAUUUGAUGAAGACCACGAAGAGAUGGUGAUUGUGAAAGACAUAGACAUGUUUUCACUAUGUGAACACCACAUGGUGCCCUUUUUUGGCAAGGUUCACAUCGGAUAUAUUCCCAACAAAAAAGUGGUGGGACUGAGCAAGCUGGCAAGGAUUGUGGAGAUCUUCAGCCGUAGGCUUCAAGUUCAAGAGCGACUGACUAAGCAGAUCGCCACUGGAAUAUCUGAGGCUCUGCAGCCAAAAGGUGUAGCUGUGGUUAUUGAAGCAGCGCACAUGUGUAUGGUGAUGCGUGGUGUCCAGAAGAUGAACAGCCGCACAGUGACAAGCGCCAUGCUGGGAGUCUACCUCGAGGACCCCAAAACUCGGGAGGAGUUCCUGUAUCUUUCACAGCGCACUUAACAGACAUCACGUGCCAUCCACUCCUGAGCCUCUGUCUACAGUUGCACGUGGAAAGCUCUAGAGUUCCAGGGGAUCUGCAUCUGACUGCUGCAGAUCCAAGACCUUCACCUCUCGAUCUAACCUCAAUACACUGAAGCCGUGAAGAUUUCAGUCUUACUGCUGAUCAUCUAUUGUUGGAAUCACUGUGAACACAACAUACUUACUUUCAUGGUGCCUUUAGAAGAUAUUGUACAGUCUUCAUUGGCAGUAUAGUAUAUUAUUAUUGCCAAGUAUACAACUUCAGUGCAAUAUUGUAAUGUGACAAUACUUAAGAUUUUAAUUUUUUUUCUUAUGGGACAUUCACAGGUGCUCUUGCAAAGUUAUUACAUUUGUUAUUCACUGGUUUUACUAAUUUAACAAAACUUGUGUCCUUUAUAAAUACAUUUAUAAAGUCUUUUAUGCAUUAUGUGGUAUUUUAGGAUGCAAAUUCAACGGUUAUAGCUGUAAAAUGAUUCAAAUGAGUAGAGCUGAUAGAAGUACUGAGUAAAUGUUUGUUUGAUCAGUGGCCACUGUGACAAGUAUCCUGGAAGGUCAAAAGCAGCAUUCUGAAAGUUUUCAGUCCAAUUUUGUUCAUGUCGAAAAGAAAUAAAACC